AUGCCAGAAGACAGGCCUGCCUUCUGGCCACAACAGCUGCCAUGGAAGCCGCCCUAUGUUAUGCCCUCGUGGUACAAGGAAGCAACCCUGGAGGCAGACAGAAACUGGACCAGGGACGGUUUGGUUCCGAUAAUAGAGGCGGCGUACAGCUUCUACGGCUACAACAACGCAACAUACAUGAGAGUCGACGAAAGACGGAACCUUAUCGUGGAAGGCGAUCGAAGGGGGUGGCCACCCCGUCCCAGGAGCCGGCCCGCAGCCCAGCCAGCCUGGCCAGUAGCCCAGCCAGCCCGCCCAGCCCGCUCAGUAGCCCAGCCAGCCCGCUCAGCAGCCCAGCCAGCCCGCUCAGCAGCCCAGCCAGCCCGGCCCAGCAGCCCGGCCAGCCCGCUCAUGAUCAGCAGCCCGGCCAGCUCGGCCCGCAGCCAAGCCAGCCCGCUCAGCCAGCCCGGCCCAGCAGCCCAGCCAGCCCGGCCCAGCAGCCCAGCCAGCCCGGCUAGCAGCCCAGCCAGCCCGGCCAGUAGCCCAGCCAUCCCUGUCCAGCAGUCACCCACGCCCACCCACCACAUCCUCGCCUAA